ACGCAUUUCGUGUCACAGAUCAUUUGUGAUACUCGUCGGGAGGCAAAUCGCACUAAUAAUGACACAAGUGAAAGUAACUGAGGGUGUGCUGGAGGGAGAGUUAGUGGAGAAUCUAUACGGAGGAAGUUACUACAGCUUUAAAGGAAUACCGUUCGCCGAACCGCCCGUUGGAAGACUUAGGUUUAAGGCACCCCAACCACCAAAAGCAUGGGAAGGAGUGCGAUCUGCAAAAGAAUUCGGCCCAUUCUCCUAUCAGGUCGAUUGGUGGUCGCCAACGCCCAUAGGCAGCGAGGACUGCUUGUACCUCAACGUCUACACGCCAGACAUAAAGCCCAAAAAACUCCUGCCAGUCAUGUUCUGGGUGCACGGAGGAGGUUUCGUAAGCGGCAGUAGCGAUAAAUACGGCCCGCAACUAUUAGUCAGGAAAGAUGUUAUAGUAGUAACAAUCAAUUACAGGCUGGAGAUCUUGGGAUUCCUUUGUUUAGAUACUGAAGACAUACCUGGAAAUGCUGGCAUGAAAGAUCAAGUGGCAGCCCUACGAUGGGUUAAUAAAAAUAUUAAGAAUUUUGGUGGUGACCCCGAUAAUAUUACUAUCUUUGGUGAAAGCGCAGGCGGUGCCAGUAUCGGAUGGCUUUUAGUGUCACCAAUGACGAAAGGCCUCUUCAAACAAGCUAUAACUCAAAGUGGAACUUCUACGUGCUCUUGGUCUCAAUCUUUCGAGCCACGAGAACGCGCUCUAGCAUUGGCGCGUAAAUUGGGUUGUUAUUCUGAAGAUGAUAAAGAACUCCAUGAUUUUUUUAUAUCCCUACCUUUUGAGUCGCUCGUUUCUACACAAACUCGUUUAACACUUGCUGAAGAAACAAAAAAUAUUUACGAACCAGUCUUCAUUGUUGUCAAUGAGAAGAAAUUCGGUGAUAACGAAAGAUUCUUUUACGGCGAUAUUUAUAGUUCUGUAGCUAAUGGUGUUCAUGAGGGAGUUACUGUUAUGACAGGGUAUACAGAGGACGAAGGGAUACUGAACAUGGCACUCGGCAUACCCGUACAGGAUAAAAUUGAUCUAAUCAACCGAUUCCAUGACUACCUUGUCCCAAAACCAAUAGCAAUUAACAACCUCAUCAGUGAUCAGAUACAGGCAGGAAAAAUGAUCAAGGAAUAUUAUUUUAAAGGGAAAGUAAAUAUUGAAGACUGGGAACAAUUGGUAAAAUAUUAUUCUUUAGAAGUAUUUGUAUAUGCCACUAUUCAGUUUGCAAAAUUGUGUGCAAAUGCGAAGAAAAAUAAGGUCUAUUUAUAUAAAUUCACUUGCAAAUCUGAGAGGAAUGUUUUCGGACAUGUGAUGGGUAUGGGUGAACUGAUCAAGGAUAAACAAGUGGUGUGUCACGCAGAUGACGUCUAUUAUUUAUUUGAAACUAGCCGUACGGAGAAUAUAAAAACAGAAAUAGGCUCGAAAACAUUCGAAAUGAUUGAGAAUGCGACGAAGAUUUGGACAGACUUCGCUAAAUAUGGGAACCCGACCCCUGAUGACAGCUUCGGAGUAGAAUGGAAACCUUACAGCUUGGAGAACCAGGAUUAUCUAGAGAUCGGAAACGAGAUAGUAGCUGGCGCAGAACCCGAUAAAGAAGAAGUAGAAUUCUGGGAAAACCUUUACAAAAAAUUCGCCCCUGCAUUUGUUCAUUCCUCAUAUAUUUCAAAAUGAAUAGCGCAAUGUUUAAAGUAAAUUACUAUGUGUAAUAAAUUUAAUAACGACAAUGUAAAAUUUGCUUAACCUUGUUAUCUUUAGUGAAAAAUAACAACAAGCAGAUCAUAAAUAAGGAAAAGUAAAAUACUUCUCAAUCGAGGUUAAAUUUUAAGCAUUUAAACUUGUUCCAAACUUUGCAUUGUUUCCUUCCAAUUAUAAUUAUUUACAAAUGGAC